GUUGCUUGAAUUACAAGCCAUGGAACUCGGCUCUGUCUCGCACCUCGAACCUCAAACACUCAUGAGCCAUGGCGGUGGAGAAUUUGGCUUCAAAUUCAAUGGCGAAUAUUUCUUGGCUUCACGGCCUGCUAUGGUGGAGAAACUGGGGUAAAAGAGACUGGGCAAUAUCAGCCAUCGGAUUUGCCGUCUUUGUCUUCGCUCUCGCUUUCGUCUCCUACUCUUGGAACUCUGAUCCAGACUCCAACCUCAGCUCCUCAUUCCAUCGAAUCACCGCGACCGAUUUGGUCGACUUGACCUUGUUGCACAACGCCACACGUAGAGGCGCAGUUUGCUUAGAUGGGAGUUUGCCUGGCUACCAUUUUCAAAAGGGCUUUGGUUCUGGCGCCAAUAGUUGGGUGCUUUACAUUGAGGGUGGAGGUUGGUGCAAUACAAUAGAAUCGUGUUUUUGGCGUAGAGAGAUCCAUUUAGGGUCUUCCAAACAUAUGGGACAUCGAGUUCACUUUACUGGGAUUUUAAGCCCUCACCAAGCACAAAAUCCUGAAUUCUUUAACUGGAACAGAGUCAAAGUGCAGUAUUGUGAUGGUGCAUCUUUAGCCGGCCACCCGGAUAAUGAGUUGAGGAAUGGAACACGCCUUUUCUUUAGGGGCCAGCUCAUCUGGGAAGCACUUAUGGAUAAGUUCUUCUCACUUGGCCUGUCGAAAGCGAAACAGGCCCUUCUUGCGGGAUGCUCCGCUGGUGGAUUGGCGGCUCUUAUACAUUGUGAUGAAUUUCGUGGUCUUCUGCCUAAGAAUGUAACUGUCAAAUGUCUUGCUGAUGCAGGUUUUUUUCUUGAUGAGAAAGAUGUUAUCGAAAAUCCCACCAUGAGAUAUUUCUUUCACGAUGUUUUCAUUCUUCACGGUUUAAGAAAAAGUUUACACAAGGAUUGUAUUGCAAGAAAGGAACCAGCUGAGUGUCUCUUUCCUAAAGAAAUUAUUAAAAGCAUUGCCACCCCAGUGUUCCUCCUCCACUCAGCUUAUGAUUUUUGGCAGAUACAAAAUAUCUUGAUACCUGAGGGAUCAGAUCCGUAUCACUACUGGCAAAAGUGCAGACUGGACAUUCAUAAUUGCAAUGCUACCCAGGUUGAAAUACUGCAAGGUUACCGCAGAUCUCUUUUGAAGGCGCUAAAAGAAUUCCAGAAAAAUAAGGAAGGAGGAAUGUUUAUAAGUUCAUGCUUUAUUCAUUGCCAGGCAUGGAUGACUGAGACAUGGCAUGCUCCUACUUCUCCACGAAUAAACAAUAAGACAAUUGCAGAGUCCGUUGGCGAUUGGUACUUUAAUCGAAAUGCAUCAAAGAAAAUUGACUGCCCGUUUCUAUGCAAUCCUACCUGCUAUCAUGUAAAUUUCACACACGGUUGAUUGAACUCAAGAACACAAGUUUUUAGCGGGUUAUUCCCUACUGUUGAUCCUUACUUCCUCAGUAUCCCCUGGUGGAAAUACUCUCCUCCUUGUCCAGUGCCUGAUCCUAUUUUUGUAGAUAUCGAAAAUGAAGGUGUUUUCAGAAGAAAACAGUUUAUAUUGUUGUCACUUCUUCACAUAUAGGAGAUAGUCAUUGUUAAAUUUUGUAUAUUACAAAUUAACCAAAUGAAAGGCCUUUGCUUGCAAUGUAGCGAUCAUUUUGAAACAGCUCAAUGCUCAAGGAUGUGUGUGUACGCUAAUUGCUAUGAUUAUAUUCUGUACACCUUACUUAACAGAAACCAAUUGUAAAUACUGCACCUCCUAAUUAUAAACCCAAUUUAGUGCUUGAAACUU